AUGACAAAAUCCGAAUCCGAUCCGGAAACUAGAGUAUAUGUAAGCAAUAGCGGAGGCUUUCUGUGCGUCAAAAAGGGUCCGAGAAUUACAUCGCCUCAACGACAGCAUUCGAAUAACAGCAAAUUCGUGUCUUUCACUUGCUUUCAUGACGCAAUGGAUGCUUGUCAGGGCGUUGGUUCCGAUUUCUCUCCAGUACAGGCUCGUGUGUCCUGCGAGCCCUGCAGGGAUAAAAAGGUCCGCUGCACUGGAGAGCGCCCAGUAUGCUCACGAUGUAAAUCUAAGAGCCGGCAGUGUGUGUACUCGGCGCAGCUGCCGACCGGCAGACCAAAAACCGCAGUCCGUAGACGGACACGUGCUCGUCCCUACCUCCAUCGCGAGGACCGGAUUUUGCCGUCGGAGGAAGCAAGUGAUACUAUCGUCGAUGUGAGUUUUACUGCUCAGUCUACGCCCACAGACCCCUGCGAAGCUUCGCAGGCUCCCAGACCCCCAGGAGUCCCUGAUGUACAAACGGCGCAGAACCCUGGUAAUAUCGCUCCACCAUACGUGGUCGACCUGGAGAAUCACCCUCGGACUCGAGAGUCUCAAUCAGUUUAUCCGUCGCUGCUAGCAAACGAAGCCAAGCCAAGUAGCUGCGCAUGCCUAUCCAUAAUGUACCUAAUGAUGGAACAACUACGAGGACAGGAUCAGUUCACCGUCCCAGAUGAUCUGACUAUAUUACGGAACUGUCUAAAUUCCGCCCGUCAGGUCCUCGACUGCACACACUGCCCGUUGCGUUACCUGUCUAUCGUCCAAAAUGCCACCAUCCUCGGCGCACUAUGUCUGUGCCUCGCGGAAUGCUACGCACGUGCUCUUGAUUGGAUUGAUGGAGAAGCAAAGCGCGCCAACAGCGCAAAACAGCAGAAGCGAUUAUCCGUCCUUGCUUCGAGUCCCGAUGUCAUACAUGGGCCCUCUCUCACGGUGACCAUGCCAGCUUCCUUCGCGGUGGAAGUUGCGCCUUCCGAGUGGAGGAACAUGAUGCGCAACAUCGUCAAGGCCGAGCUUUUUGGAACCGAGUCUCGAAAACAGGAUUGUUUCAGCUCCUUCAUUUCGGCCCUGGAAGACCGGCAGAGGAGCUGGCAUCGAACACCUCCCGCGCCGGACUGCCCACCAAUGUACCGGUCCCCAUGCAACGUAGAUGAUCCUCUACCUACCUGUCUUUCGAUCGUCAACGAAGCUAAAAAGCUGAUAUAUCGAAUUGAGAAUAAUUAG